AUGCGAAAACGAAUUUCUUGGGGUAAGAUCGUCGGGAGGCGAUUUGGAUGCGUGGACUUACUACUCUGGUUAGCACGUGUUAAACACUUCAUUGAUGCUUAUGUCGAAAUGAGUAAACGUUCGAAAAAAGACCGUUCAUUGCCACCUUCAGCAUCACCACCAGAAAUGUUAACUCCAUCAACAGUACUAAAAGUGGGAGAAACAUUCAUUGUACUUCGUCGGGCGCCAAACAAGAAUGGUGAAAUAGACGAACGCUGCCUUGCAACGAUCGUGGAAAUUCGUGAAGGUGAACAAGCGAACACAUUUUCCGCUUCUGCUUCUACUAUUACCACUGCUACUACUGCUGCUACUGUAUCAUUGGAUGAUAUGGAUAUUUGUAAGGUUUGCACAAAUCUAUUAAACGAUGUAUCAGGUGAAAAUGUUCCAGUAGAGGUGGAUAUUGCUACGAGAAAAGAACAGUGUAAGAUGUAUUAUGUUCAUUACGAUGGUAUGGACAGACGAUUGGAUGAAUGGGUUGGGAGAAAUCGCAUUGUGGCACGAGCAAAUCCAAACGCUUUCACUUCUGUUUUGUCCGUACCAUCAUCUUUGGUUAGUACGCUGGAAAGUGGAACGUUAACUCGAAGUCAGCGGCGCAUACAUGAAGAAUUCAAUCAUGUGCAAAAAAGUUACGAAGAUAUGGAUGCGACAACGGCAAAGCUCGAAAAAGAACAUGCGGAGAUGACAAAAGUCAAAAAUAUCGACAAGAUACGUUAUGGUGAUUAUGAGAUAGACGCUUGGUAUGUCUCACCAUAUCCGGAUGAAUAUAGUAAAGCAGCAAUAUUGUACAUAUGUGAAUACUGCUUAGCUUAUAUGCGAACCGAAGCUGAAUACUGCUGCCAUAUGUUACAUUACUGCGAUCGACGGCAACCUCCAGGAGAUGAAAUAUAUCGAGAUGGAAAUUUAUCAGUUUAUGAAGUUGAUGGAAAAGCUUAUUGUCAGUGUCUUUGUUUGCUAUCGAAAUUAUUUUUGGAUCAUAAAACGCUAUUUUUUGAUGUUGAAACUUUCCUAUUCUAUGUUUUGUGUGAAGUUGAUGAAGUAGGUGCUCAUGUCGUUGGUCACUUUUCUAAAGAGCGGCUCUCUGCAAACAAUCUUGCAUGCAUUAUGGUUUUGCCCCCAUUUCAACGGAAAGGCUAUGGCAAAUUGCUUAUACAGUUGAGCUAUGAAUUGUCCAGUCGUGAAGGAGUAAUUGGAACGCCCGAAAAACCAUUGUCUGAUUUGGGGAAA